UCCCGCGCUAUUAACAAUUUGAGCAUUCCUUACAUCUUUAACGGGAAUCAUUUCCCCUGGCAAAGGCGCUUUUUCAAGAGAUUUAAGUAGUAGUCUUUGGCUGGUAAGGAAUUUAUUUUCUACUUUGUAGUCUUGCAAGAAAUGACUGAAAAAACUAUUUAUUCUUCAAGUCUUCUUCAAAACAGAGUUGUUUGUUGAUAAUUUAUGUGUAAAUGUUUGUUGUCAUGAGUGCGUGAUUAAGUUUUUAGGCACAUUGCCUAACUGUUUUACUAGGUCGAUCUUCCAUACCUAUAAUGAAUACUUCUGAAUCAUCAUCAGGAAUGUCUAGAUUUUCCUGUCCAGAAUCGUUCGAUUGAACUCAAUUUUAAUUAUGUCAUUUUCUUUGAAUAUAAAUAGUAUAAGUAUUGCGUGCUGUUUCUUAUACAAGGUGGCGUAACACCGUAUGUUUUCGCUUUGAACUCGGAGCAGGCAGGUACGUGUUUUGUUGCUUUGGUUACUCAUUCCCUUUUAUUUCAAUAAAUAUAUUCGUUAUAGCUUCAGCUUUCUAUACUAGAUUGUUAUGCCGUUUUUUAUUGUGAAAAAAACGUUCGUUUUCAGAAAUUCUUCCUAAUAAUUUGUUCAAUUUUGACCGUAUUCAAGUCGGUAUAGAUAUCCUUUUUAUUGUCUGCUUGACAUACUGUCAAAUAAAUCCUCAGUGCUUAAAAUAAAUGUCAGCUAAUAAGGUCCCAAGUCCACACAGAUAGGUAUUUACCGUCCCAUGGUCCACUGUGCAAAAUAUAGACUCUCACUACUACUAGGCUCACAUGAUGUUGUAAGAGGUGAAUUGGUAUUAUGCCAACAGCGCGAGGCGGGAGGGGCGUAGUACACGUGCUCGUAGCCAUGUCACUAUGACGGCCAUGCGUACAUCAUCCGUCCCCCUCACUUGUUGAGCGCACCGCUCUGUCGAGUACCGUCUACUGAGUAAGCUGAGUAUUGACAGUGCUAUUGGCCUUCGUGCCGCACGACACUGUUAUCAUUGUUCCUACUCGCUUCAUUCGAUACAUUCUAUCUCUAUCACACGUGUGUUGCUAUCACCUCGAGGUUAUUGAUUUCAAUUUCGCAUUAAAAUAAUAAUAUUGUGAUUACUGAUUAUUAUGGCUGUAACAACUAAUAAAAAAUGUUAUAUGGUUUUAAUCAAAAAAUCAUGUUUUAGAAAGCGAUGACUAGCGCAAACACACCCGCCAAUCGCCAUCGCUUUUGAUAUUAAUAUUUAUAAUUUAUUUUGUAAAAUUAGCCCUUUAUGUGCGUAGGUGAUUUUAUAAACAAUUUUUAAAGUGACUUAAUUCUAAGUGUACUUAAGUAUAAAAGAAAAAGUGAAAUGAUUCGGACGUUUUGUGAAAACUGUGAGUUAGUAACGUAGAAUGGCUGUUCUCAUGGAAAACUCCGAUAUUAACAUUGUCACUGCCAACUUGAGCGACGGAGUGAUAUUUGGCAACGUGGGGCAAUCUGGACCAGAAUACUACACCAACACACUGCACACUAUCGCAAUGAAUACCCGGGAAACAGAAUUUGGAAGCCUAGUUGAGCCCAUACCGAUUACACUGAAAGCAUAUAACCCACUGCAAGCUUUCAGCCACGUAGCGAACGGAUACGGUUACCCACAGUCUGUUAUAACUCCUGUGAGUUCUGUCGCCCGUGUGGAAACGAAGAAUUCAUCAACAUCGGUCAUUCGUCCGAUUAUUUCCAAUUCUUCUCCAAACGUUGCUAGACCACCUAAAAAGAAAUGGAUUAAAGAAUAUUUGGAAGAGGAGCCAAAGUCGCCAGUUACACUGCAGGUGUCGGUUACACGGAGCAUUGGUGUGAUCCGGCCGCCAUCGCCGGGGUCGGUCGCGGCUCUUGCCCCCUCCCCUGCACUUGCCCCCGCGGCCGCGCCUGUGCCUCCGCUCGCCCCUGCAUUGCCUCUUGAGCCGGUCCAACAACCCUCGGCGUCCAUCCUCGACUUUGCACAAGAACAUUCCAGAACACGAACUACAAGCAAUGCUGGAACGGCACAGAUUCCGUCGCCGCCUUCGGUCAGCAAUAGCAGCAGUGGAAGCAGCAGUAGCGUCCCCCGCGCUGGCACCCGUGAGGUUCACAACAAGCUGGAGAAGAACCGGCGCGCGCACCUCAAGGAGUGCUUCGAGCUGCUCAAGCGGCAGCUGCCUGCGACACCCGACGACAAGAAGACUUCCAACCUAUCUAUAUUGGGCUCUGCGAUACGGUACAUACAGGUGCUAAGACGCAAGGAGCGCGAAUGCGAGCACGAGAUGGAAAGGCUAGCGAGAGAGAAGAUCGCCGCGCAACAGCGCCUUGCUGCGUUAAAGCGAGAGGUCUCGACUCGCGCGACUACGUCACAUCGUCCACGUACUAUCGAUACCGCUACUGAAGAAAAAGACGAAAGUAUUACUGGGAUUCCUAUAAGUAUAACCUCUUCGCCGCCGCGGUCUGCCGCUUUGGCAGAGACGUCGCCCCCCCGCACUUGGAACCUCACCACAAAACUGCGCACGUUGCCCAUACAAAUAGCACCAACUACCUCGCAGGUCGUUCGGACAUCAUACGGCGCGAGGCAUAAUACUCUCACUUUAACGAGUAUAGCUCCGGCAGAAUCAACAGCACAGAAAACGCAAGAGAACGGUAUCCUGGCGAGCAGUAAUAGCUUAAGCAGUAUAGUGCAACCCACACAGAUACACCUGCCUAUCUCACAGGUGGUGGGAAACGGCGGACUGAUGGUGAGUCCGGCGACCAUCCAGUUGUUGUCGACCACCGGCGGUUUGAGGGUGUUACAGAGCCCCACUGUUCAUACAAAUGGUAUGACAUCAUCAAACAAUCGAAUACCCAAAGAGAAUGGCAUAGUGCACUCGAGUUCCAUAAGUACAGAUUGCGGGGAGGAGAACGGUGUUGGUGCAGGAAGCGUGUUGAUGAACGGUCUGUCGCCCCUCGUGGUGUCCCAGUCGGCGACACACACGCACCUGCUUCAGGCGCACACGCUCACACACAAGAUGGUUGAAGCUCAGAUGGUUAAAGGCAGCGUGGCUCCAUUGACCGUAAGUGCCCAAUACUUAAGCGCGACAACGAUCGUAAAGCCCAUGGUCGUGGUUACCAGCGCGCAUUCCUCAAAACCUUCCACGUGACCUCUGCGCGUACUCUGCUUGCCUGGUACCCGAACACAUUCUACAGAUCAUUAAUUCGUGCAGUGACCAUUUAAAAAAAAAAACAAUUAAUAAAAAAUCUUAAAUUACAAUUUCAGUUAAGUAAUUUUAUAGUUUAUGAAAACAAUUAUAUUUAUUUUGUAACUUUUGAAAACAUUUAAUUAGUAAACUAUAUUGAUAUUUUAUUAUAUUUUCAACGUGGCGCGUUAAUAUGACUGAUAAGCCAAGAUUGUUUAGAAUUUUACAAAUAUUUAUUUUUUAAUGGAUUAUUUUUUGUGUGUGACUUAAAUCUUAGCAAAAUUUCAUGUAUAUAUAAAAAAGAAACUAAUGCUUUAAGAAACUGAGUUUCAAGACAAUUCAAUAAUGAGCUAAUCAGCUUAUCUGUAAAUGUUUUUACGAGUAUAUGUAUUCACAAUUCAAGGUUGAGUGAUUAAGUUACGUAUAAAUAGGUAUUACUUCUCUUAAAUGGGUGUUACAACUUUUCUCCACUGCCAGUCAGCAAUACUAAAUAUAUGAAUUGAUGUUUAGUGAGCUAUGUUGAGUAUAUUUUAUAUUUAAUGUCACUCUACCUCAUGCUGUCAAAUCAGGUUAAAUGUUAUCAAUAUGUUUUACAAUAUCUUAUAUUGGAACAAUACGCGUGCGACUGAAAUUAGAGACGUGAAAUUCGUGCUCAUAAAGUGCGUCUUAUCAUACACGCGUGUAAAAGUUGUAUGAAUUAUUGAUGUACAUAAUGGUUAACAAAAUGUGAUGGUAAGUGCGGUUGACAAUGAUUGCCGGCCAAAUUGAUAUAAGAGUAGACUAUAUAUUUUUCUACAUAGAUUCAACGUUUUGUACAGAGUAGGGAGUGUAUAGAGAAAUACUAAUUGUAAUAUAUUGAUUUAAUUUUAUUUAUUAUUUGCAGUCUUAGAUUAAGGAUUGGUCUCCGCUGCGCUCCAACUAGAUACUGCAGGCGUAGUCACAAAGUGCUUCAAGUUUUACUAUGCCCUAAUAGGCGUACGCGAGCCAGUUUUGAACAAUGUGUGACGUUAACGUGCCACAUGUUUUGUUAAACUUUGCUAAUAAUUGAAACUAAAAUGCCGGGAUGCGUAGUAAAACUUGGAAACAAUAAUAAUAAAAGAAAGACACUGGAAUCACAUAAUAUUAUCAGUAAUUAUUUUGUAUUUUAUUAGUUUUAAUGUAAAAUAACACGAAGCGUAUGUUACAAAAUUUGAAGAUGCCAUUGAGUGUCAAGAUGCCACAAGCAUCUAAUAUAUGCCGCAAUGAAGAUGCUAUUAUUAAGCUACUUCUUAGGUAAUGCGGUAUCUAGUUGUAGGGCAGCGGAGACCAAUCCUUAAUCUAAGUUUUCAGUUUUAAAUCAUAGAGAGAGAUGUCUGUCAGAAAUAUUUAGAAACAAUAUGGAUUUUAGGUUGAUGAUAAAUUAUUCUGGUUGAAAGUUAUAAGAGAGAUAAUUGGGAAUUUACUUCUGCCAUUUUUUUUUGCCUAUUUGUGAUUUUGAUAACGUUUGACACGUCUGCUAACAUUUUUCAGUUUCAAGAGUUCUAUUUUAUUGUUUUCAAUUAAGAAAGUUUUUACUAAAAUACCUAUUUAUAUUAUAGUUUUUGUAAUUAAAUGAGCAGUAAUUUAAAAACAUAAUUUCAUAAAUCUAAUCGCGUCACAACAGUAGAUAAUUAUAAAACUUAGAUUAAGUAUUGGUCUCCGCUGCGCUACAACUAGAUACCGCAGGUGUAGUUGUAAAGUGCGGCAACUAUUACUACGCCUAAGUGGGCGUACUCGAGCCAGUCUCGAAUAAUGUGUGACGUUGACGUGCCACAUAUUCUGUUAAACUUUGCUAAUAAUUGAAAUUAAAAUGCCGGGUUGCGUGGUAAAACUCUAAAAGAAUAAUACUACAAGAAAUAAGAAAGACACUGGGAUCACUGUAUAUCAUCAGUUAUUUUUUUGUAUUUUAUUAAUUAAAAAUUCAAUUGAGUGUCAAGAUGCCAUGUACACAAGCAUAUAAUAGUUGCCGUAAUAAAAAAUCUAUUGUUCUUAGGUAGUGCGCUAUCUAGUUGGAGCACAUCGCACACCAAUCCUCAAUCUAAGUUAUAAAAACUUAUUACUUAAUAUGUCUUACAACAGCUGUGAUGUGUAUAGGUCGUUUGCAUAUGUAGAGUUGACACUUCUGUAAAAAACAACUGUUUAAAACGUGUUCUCGUAGCUAGUGCCUAAUUGUGAAUAAUUUUAUAAAGUAACAUUUAAAAAUGUUGCUCUUAAACUAUUAAGGUUAGAUCAUUAUUACGUCUAGAUAGACUAUUACAGCUAUGAAAUCGUCGAAAUAAAUUAUUAAUGCGGUUAUUACUGAAUUUAGUCAUCUAAAUUCAGAAGCAAAUUUAGAAGCUACUGAUCACACUGUCCUAAAUUUAGUUACUGAAUCAGUCACCACUUAAAGCGCGACGAAUUCGGACGUGUGGUAUAAGUACGAAGAUGGGUCCAGUGUUGUCCAGGCACCAAAAAAUUGACAUUUGCCUGGCCGUUGGCUCAAUUAAAAUUGAAAAAAGAAAAGAACAUGGGUGAAAGAUAUUACUGCGCGGAAAGUUAGCAAACAUGAUUACAUAUUAUGGGUGUUUUUGAACCGAAUGGAUUCGAGAUCUUUUAUAGUUAUUUAUGCAACUGUUGUGUAAUAAGGGGUAUUAAAACACGAAUGUGGAUAAUAGUAUCACAUGAGUGUUUUAAUACCUAAUUAUCAACAGUUGCAUACAAGACUUUAUCUACACCCAAAAUAUGAAUCCUCUAAAAUAUUCUGAAACAGUUAGCAUCUUACUGCUAACAUUAAAACACCAGUCCUAGUAGUAACCUAAUAUCAUCCAUUACUGAUUAUAUACAAAUAAACUAAGUAAUUAUGAAACAAUUAUUUUAGUAUUAAUUUAGAUUUUGUAUAGUGCUAUAAUUAAAAUUCAAUAGAAUAUAAUGCCCCCUUUGCAGCGUUUAAAAUGAAUCGUUCAUUUUUUGUAAACAAAACAAUAAAUAUAUCGAAGAAAAAUGGCGGGGAUUCGAAUAACCUACUUUUUUUUUACGGCGUGCGACGUUCUGGUAGUGUGUAACGCGCGUUAACGUAAAUGUUCUUUUUUUGAAAUUCAUACAGAUACCACGCAUCGAGCUAUAAGAAUGUGGCUGUCUGUUGAAACUCCUUGCGCAUGAAGGUAUCGAAAAAAAAACAUAGGAGUUUUGUUAUGAAAUUCAGUACAAAAUUACAACACUCGUUUGGGUGAUGUAAUGGUUAUUAGAACAUUGGGUGUUUUAAUGUUGGCAAUAAGCUGUUUCAUCAACUUUAAUAGAGGAUUUAAAGCAUGGGUGUAGAUAAACAUAUUAAUAAAUCUUGUGACAUCGUUUAUUUGAAAGCAAGAUACUAUCCUACGAGACGUAUUAGUGUAAAAGAAAGAUUGCUUGUAACACUAAGAUUUAUUGCAACAGGAAAUUCAUAUCAAGAUUUAAAAUUGCUUCUGAAUUUAGGAUGCUAGCUUCCUGAAUGCGAUUAUACUUUACUUAAUUCAGUAAUGACUAAAUUAAGACGACUAAAUUCAGUCAAGUGUAAUAAGCCUGAUACAUGUGCCUACUUUGAGCAAUUCACGCACACUAACACAAAGUGUCAUACAUAUCGCGAGUGUAAGACGUAGCUUGUCACGCACACUAAACUAAUAUUCCUGGGCUGUUUUCAUCGAUUGUCUAACAGCAAGAGACUAUCUAGACGUAUAAAGUAUCUAAGUUAUUAAGUAUGAUCUUUAAAAAUGGCUGGUACAUUUUUCAUUGAGAAAAAAAUAUUAGUUAUGGAAAUCCUCAGGUAUUUCAUAAAUAAAGCGGAAUGAAGCUACCGCACAACUAUCAUAUUAUAUGUUUUUGGCUUUUUUUUUAUAUUUAUUAAUCGCAAUAAAAAAAUAUUAUUUAUUAAUUAAAUUAAUUUAUUAAUAACCUAUUUGUUCAAUACAUUUUAUGUAAAAUUAUUGAAUACCACUGAUAUAUAUGAUUGGUAACCGUUUAUAUCUGUUUAAUAAUCCACUAGGACGGAAUAAAUAAUAAGGAGUUUUCAAAUUGUUUUACUUUGACAUUAAAUUGACUAGAAAAUCCAAAAUUUUAAUUGAAAAAUUUAUCUUGUCUACUUUUAUAUUAUGUGCUCUAAGUUUAACUCAAUUUCGAAUUCGGAACGUCAUAAUAUUUAUUACUUAAUUGCAUAAGAUGUAAAAUAAUAGGUACCUUUUCUUCAAUAAGUGAAGGCAUAAAAUGUUAAGUAAAACAAUAUAAAAAACAUUGUAGUUAAAGUUGUUAUAUGUUCCAAUCCAUUGUUGUUGACUUACAGACAUUUUUAUUACUUACUUGUUGUGAUAUCGUCGCUCUUAGGGCUGCAACAAACUAGCGACUUUUAACAUCUUUGACGGGUUUUUUAAGUUGUUUUGGCUACUGAUCCUACAAUCGCAGUAUUGGAAAAGCUUCUAUAUUUUAUGAGUAAAAGUGACGAAAGGAGACCAUCUUUCGCUAUGCGCGGUCACUACGCCUACUGCAGUGAAUAAUGUGAUCUAAGCUACUGUGAUAAGACCGCCUGUCUUUCUGAAACUCAAAUAUGGUACAAUAUGUGUGUGUGGUGGCAAUAUGGCCCUUAAGAACACAGCUUAUCCACUGCACAUACAAUUCUAUUGUUUUUCUUAUAUGUUAACUUCAUCAGAGAUCAUAUUGGGUUGUCUCCAUCUUGAUCUAGUCAUACUAGGCACACUGAUGAAAUAUAGUGGAGUUCUAAUCCGUAGCAAAAUUCGGAAUUCGCUGCCAGUAUUCCAUAAAUGCAUCCAUUCCCUAUAUUUAGCGUAUAGACUGACGUGAAUUUAGAUUUAGGCAGGAUCGUUCGGGCUCGGCAGCAAGUCUUAAAAAUUUCACUGAAUGUUUUAAGUCGCUAGUUUGUCGGAGGACCUUAUUUAUUGUCAUGAAAUAGGGGUUAAUAGUUCGAAAAUUUAAUAAUGACAGUUCUUCAGCAAAGUAGCGUCAGCAAAGAAGUUUUGAAAAGUCAAAUAAGAACAAAACUCCACACUGAAAAUACACCUGAAUCGUCGAUAGUCGCUUUAGCGAUAGCGCACACUGCUAAUUUUACCACGCGGCUUAAACUGAAUGUUAACUUACCUACAUUCACAGUGGAUUUUAUAAAAUAUUUUAAGUGUAUUUAGUCCUCUAAAAUCUUUCUAAUCUCCUAAGUAGGGAGUAGACAAUACUGAAAAUUCGUAUUUUAAUAUAAAAUUAAUAGAUCAUGUGGAUUUUCGUGCAGCUUCAUAUGUAGCAGAUUUUUAACGCGUUGGCCUAAUAAAUACUGUUUUUUGACUUUAAAUGAACAAACCGUUAGAAUUACUUACUUAACCGUAAUAAUUAAAAUAUUUUAUGUUGUGAAUUAUGAUUUAUGCCAGGAAUAAAAAUCUUUUUCUUUUAACUGCCAAAUACCAACUCACAACUGUGUAAUUAAAAAUUUAUUAAGAUAUGUUAUUAAUUUAUGAUUAAAAUGUGUGGUUUGGCUUGAAACAAAAAAAAAAUACGGUACAAUAACUAAUCAUAGCUUCACAAAUUAAUAUGGGUUAAUGUUUUUGGACAGAGAAUAAUCAUAAAAAUUCUAAAAAUAAUAAUAAGUAAAAUUUUCAAAGAAACAAAUACCUUGCCUUACGUAGACGAGUACCUAUGAGCUCUGAACAGCUGCGGCUUGACGUGGGACAAGUAGGUGUCAGUUACUACGGUAGCGCGUGGCUGCUAUAUCAACCCGUGUGUUUGUUAAAUGUAGCUAUUGUUUUUUUUUUUUACGAAAAUAAGGGACAAGACGAGCACGACGUUCAUAUGAUGGUAAAUGAUACGCCCUACCCAUUGCAAUGUAGUGUCGCUCAGGAUUCUUGGAAAACUUAAAAAUUCUGAGCGCCUCUACAACUGCGCUCGUCACAUUGAGACAUAAGAUGUUAAGUCUCAUUUGCCAAGCUACUGCUUCACGGCAGAAAUAUGCGCCGUUGUGGUACCCAUAAUCUAGCCGGCUUCCUGUGCAAUGGAGCCUCCCACUGGUAACUUUCUACUUAAUCUUAAUUCUAAUUAAAUCUUAUGGCGUUUGGUAACGCUCAAAUUAUCAUAAUAUUAUGGUGAUAAUAGUUUAUUGGUCUUUUUUAUUAACGCAAGUUUUACACAUUUAUUAAAAUAAAAUCCUUUUUAAAUGAUAAAAACUCGUGUUAAUUAAAUUAUAUUAAAAAUGUAUUAUGUGUAUCACAACGGCGCCUAUUUCUGCCGUGAAGCAGUUAUGUGUAAGCAUUACUGUGUUGUACAGUAAAAUACUAGGAAAAUGAGACUUUUCUCAAGAAGACGAGCGAAAUUGUAGUGCCGUUCAAAAUUUUUAAGGGUUUACAAGAAUCCUAAGUGGCACUGCAUUUUAAUGGGCAGGGCGUAUCAUUUACCAUCAGCUGAACGUCCUGUUCGUCUCGUCUCUUAUUGUCAUAAAAAAACUAUCUAUAUAUAAUACUUAUAAUUUUAAUAUAAUAUACUUAUAAUAAUAUAUUGUGAUUCCUCUGAUGUUGCAAGAGCAUGUGGGCGGCGGUGAUCACUUAACACCAGCUGACCCGUAUGUUCGUUUGUCCCCCUAUUCCAUAAAAAAAUUAUAAGCCCGUGCGUUGCUCAUUUUUGAUCAUUUAGAACUGAUUUCCUAGCGCUACUAUAAAUUAGGAACUGUCAUAUUAAAUUUGUAAAUGUUUGUAUUCGAUAGUUUGCGUGAGUAUUUUGAUGAAUCCUAAUUGGACGUACUUCCAGAAAAACGUUCCAAACCACAAUCUUGUCGAAAUUGCGUUAAGAAAACAAACCUGGUCACGUGAUUCAUAUUAACAGACUGACAAAAAAUGGCAAUCCUAGAGUGGCAACCCUAACCCUAGAGUGGCAACCCUAACCCUAGAGUGGCAACCCGAACCCUAGAGUGGCAACCCUAACCCUAGAGUGUCACUCUUUAAAUGACACCAUGACUUAGUAGGUGAAACCCAUAUGUACGGAACAUACAUACAUAAUAUCACGCCUCUUUCCCGUAGGGGUAGGCAGAGACCACUUCUUUCCACUUGUUACGAUCCUUACAUACUUGUUUCGCUUCGUCCACUUUCAUUAUUCCUUUCAUACAUGCUCUCCGGUUUAGGGUACUCUUGACCUGGCCUUUUUUGAAGACGUCCCUGACUUGAUCUUGAAACGUCCGCCUAGGUCUACCCCUUCCAACACUUUCAUUCACACUGGCCUUAUACACUUUCUUCGUCAAUCGUUCUUCAUUCAUUCUCUCGACAUGUCCAAACCAUCUCAGCAUACGGGUACGGAUAUAUGUACGGAACACACUAAUAAUUAUUAAACUUUAAAUACGAAUUCCUUAAAAUGUGAUGUUUGUGGCUUGGAACGUUUUUAAGGAACUACGUCCGAUUAUUCAGACGAUGCAGUAUUUGCUUAAGCUUUAUAAUGUUCGAAAUAUAAAUACAUUGUCAAUGAUAAAAGUGUAUAAACAAUUUGUUAUUUUUUCAAGUGAUAUACCCUCACUUCUGGGAUUAAUUAUACAAAUUUAGUAUACAAAAUUUAUAAAUGAUGCCGCUUAGAUUUGAAAGAGCGACAUCUAAAGUCAAUUUCCUUAUAUGCAAAUAUUGGGGUUGAGCAGGUUAUCAACUGUAAAGUAGAUCCUGUAGAUGAAGCCACAACCUGAGAGUUGAUCUUAACACAAGAUUUAUCAACGAUACGUAACUCGAACGGUUGGCUCAGUGGAAAGAGCUCUCGCACCUAACGCGAGAGGUCGCGGGUUCGAGUCCCGCAUCGUACAUAAAUUUUGUUAUCAUAUUUUGUGUAUUUUAAUUUAUUUGUAUGUAAAAUAUUGAACUAUACUGUCUUUAAAAAUACUAACGGACGAAUACAGAUUGAGGUGACGCUUGAAGAAAAUAUUAACUGACACGUCUUCAUUUUUCUAGACAUCUAUAUUAUAUAUAUCAAAACAAUUUGUUAUAUUCUUAAAGUGAUAACCCUCACUUCUAGGAUUAAUACAAAAAUAAAAUUUGAACUUUGCCACAACCUGAGAGUCGAACAAAGCAUACAAGAUUUUAUGACGAUUCGCCACCCGCACGGAACGCCAGAGGUCUUGGGUUCGAGUCUUGCAUCUUUCAUAAAAUUUUGUUUUCAAAUUUUAUUUAUCUUUGUAUAUCUGUUGUUAUUGACGCAUCAUCAAUAUCUGUAAACAACCGGUGGUUUAUGGUAAUGCGGGCACCGAGUGUUUGACUUUAGCAUAGAGCACCGGCACAAUUGAUCAUAUAUUGACUAAAACCUGUGUUGUUAGAACGAAACCUGUAUUCAGGACUUAUACUUCAUUCAGUCAUAGAAUAUGUAUGUCUAAUAUACAGCCUCGAUUAGGUACUGCGAAAAAUAUUGUAAUGCGUCUUAAAAAUAUUAUUAAAAAUUAAAUAACAUUUAUAUAAAAUACUUUUAAAAAGAUUGUCAACGCGUGUAAAUUGUAACUAAAAUUUUUACACAAGUUAUUUGCAUAUUUGGUAUUUAAGUUACAUUUUUUUAUAAUUUGUUGAGUCCCCCUGAAAAUGUGCUCCUGCUUACGAAACUAAGAAACUUACGAAACGUUGAGUUAAAUAAAUAAUAAAUUUUUACGCAAAUAACUUAUUUAAAACAUACAGUUACAAAUACACGCGUUUUAAUCCUUUUAAAGUAUUUUAUUUAAAUAUUACACAUUUACAUUAUAUAAUGUUGUUAAUCAAAGAAAAUCAGUUGUUCAUAAUAUGAUUCAACAUAAAAUGCUUAAUUAACUUAAUUCUGCAACUCUACAUAUAACUGAUCGCUCAAGAUCCAAGGAGGAUCUUUAUCGAUAAUAAAAGAAAAUCCUCAUAAAACAGGAAUGGUAUUAUUUUAUAGUCACAAUUUUAAGUUCUGCAAUAAUUAAUUGGCACAUUUUGUCGCUAGUGUUGUGUUAUUUGAUGACGAAUUAUUGUUAUUGAUGACGUGAAUAUUUAUUUUUUUAAUUAUUUGUAAAAUUAUAAUGAAAUAGUGUACAUGGUUGCACUUGUCUAAAUCUGACGUUUGUAAAAAUAUUUGUACAAGACGUUUGAGAAAGAUAAAUUUAUUUUGAAUGUUACAAUAUUUGUGAAGAGUGAAUGCUCAUGUAAAUAAAUAAUCUAGUGUAAAAUGUAAUAUUAUAGAAAUACAAGAGAUGCAUAUUUAUAA